AUAUCUCUUCCACUUCCAAAUAUGUUCCCAACGCUUUUUUCACCGUGCAAAAAUUUUCCUUUGAUAAGAACCUUCUAUGUUUCAAACGACGAGCAGUUUUCUACCUGACCUUUCUCAAUCUAUAAGUCAUUGAACUCUAUUCACCUUUCGAAUUAAGUCCUCAACAAAAAACCUGUGAGGCGCCAUCAGGUCAUCUCAGGUCGUUGCUUCGACCAAUCAGAAAAACGCAAAGAAACGAAAGAAGGAAAUGAAAUGAUGGACCAGGGAUCUUCAUGGCUUUCCUUAAAAGACAUUUUUCACCUGUGAUCCGCAGUUGGAGUUGAGCCGCCACUGGAUCAACCACGUCCAUAAUGAAGCCGAAUUCCAUCAUAGCGACUUCAUGGGUGCUUGUGCUCUUUCUCUGCACUAGCCAGAAAUUUGUUUCCGUUGUUCUUAGUGAGGAUUCUGCGGUCAGCAUGUUGGACAACUAUGUACAUCUAGCACGAGACCAAGGAAAUAAUCGGACAAACAAUGUCGAAACCAUUUUUACUACCAUCGGUAUCGCGGCUUCCCUGAUCACCAUCGCGGAAGUCAUCAACCGUCGGAUUUUGCCACAACCGACGACACUGUUGGACACACUAGACGUUGUCCGGCGAUUAGAAGACCUCGUCAUUCCCGAUGACGGCCGCCAAUACAAGGAUGCAGAAGACACAAUUUUGAGAGGUUUGUACGAUAUGAGUGUGAUGACGACCAACAACUCAUCCGAGUUCCAGACACUGUGGUGGCUUGAUCGAGCCCGCUAUUUGGAUGGAGAAAUUAUUCUUCUUAUGGAAGGUUUACUCGGCCAACAGAUCGCUGGCUCAGAUUUAAUGGACAACAUCCAAGAUAAUCUAAAGUGCGAUGCCAUCCAGAUUUCGGAAAAACUGAAGCGAUACAACGAUCUUAUUGAAAGCGGAUCGAUUGCUUUCAAUUACUUCUCUGGACUAGGGAAUAUGCCUGCACAGGAAGUGAGUCGGAGAAAGGCCGCCAUGCGAGAACGCAACAUAAAAAUACUGGCACGUAACGAACAGCUGAUUGGAGAGUGUUUCCAACGUCAAUUAAGCCAAGUCCGAAGUGAAUCAAUGUCUACAGAAGAAGUUUCCGAGCAAGUGGCGCAAGUGAUAUCUACCCGUUAUCCAUUGCCAACACGAUGGAUCGUCGCUGUCUACACGGACGACCGAGAUUCAGUCUCACGCGCCGCUAUCAAACCAAUCAAACCUAAACUUUCAGCCAACUUCAACAUCAAAAACGUCAACGGUUUUCACGUCGCUUUAUUCCCGUUCCUGGAAGGGAAAAUGCCCCACAUCAUCGACGGCCGGCGUGUGGACGAAUUCUGUGCUCGACCCGUUAAAGGCGCUGGACAAAUGCCGACAUGUGACGUUGGCAGCACCGACGGAGAAUACGUCUACGAUGAACUGAGACGACUAGGUAUUGUUCCUGAUCCCCUCGAUCUAAUUGUUGUUCCUACUGAAGGACAACUUAGCGUCAGGACAGUUCCUCUUGGCAGUUUACCGCCGUUUUUCGCUAAAAACUAUCCCGAUUUCAAUAUUAUCGUGUUUUAAUUCGACAGUUACAAAAUAGAUUGCGAAUUGUUUUAUGGUGAGGAUAAAGGUGAAGACUAAUGAUGACUGAUGAUUCUAAAUAAAUAAAUAGGUCCUACCAUACUAUAUACAUUUCAAAUGGCAAGUUUUAUCUAAUGAAUUGUAUUUGAUGAGAAAAAAAUCAGUUGAAAUCUAAAAUUUCAAGGUUUGAUUAGAAUCUUACGUUUUAUGAGCAGUCGUUAGUCUUCAUUGCAAUUUAUUAAAACCGAUUUUUGUUUGGUAAA